AUGGCGUCGAAGAACAUAUUGAUCUUUGGCUCCACUGGACUGAUAGGGACUCGCAUCACGAAUGCCAUCGUGGCUAACAAAGCUCAUUGGGACAGUGUCUCCAUCUUCACAUCGAAAGAAACAGUCGCCUCCAAGUCAGAGAGGAUUGAAGAGCUCAAACGUCAGGGCGUCCGUGUCAUAACUGGAGACUUUACUUCUGAGUCGGAUGUAAAUGAAGCUUACAAAGGCAUUGAUACUGUCGUAUCUUGUGUGGGAAGGCCUGUGAUUGACAAGCAACUGCUGCUGAUCCAGCUUGCAGACAAGCAUCCAGAUGUGAAGCGUUUUUUGCCUUCGGAAUAUGGGACGGACAUUGAGUACUGGGAGAGUUCUGCCAACGAGAAGCCUCAUCAGCUGAAGCUCAAAGUCCGAGCCCUGUUUAAGGAGGUCACAAACCUUGACUACACCUACGUUGUAACCGGCCCUUACGGAGACGCAGACGGUGGACUAUAUCUUGGUGCAAGAAAGCCCGAAGAAGAAGCCGUUGGAUGUUUUGAUGUCAAGCGUAAACGUGCGGUUGUCAUCGGCGACGGCAACGGCAAGAUUUCUCUCUCGACGAUGAGAGAUGUAGGCAAGUUUGUUGUUGGAGCCUUGCUUCACCCCGARGAGUCUCGAAACAAAGCUCUACAUGUCAACUCUUUUACGACUACAGAAAAUGAGCUGGUAACGGAGUUUGAGAAGCAAACCGGUGGACAGAAAUGGGACGUUGGCUAUACUAGUCUGGCAAAGCUGAGGGAGCUUGAGGAAGAGGCCUACAAGAAUGGAAAUCCCAAGGCAGGCGGUAUAACUCUGAGACGUAUCUGGGCCUCUGGUGGGACGCUAUACGAUCAGAGAGACAACCAUCUCAUCGGUUUGGAAGAGGGUAUUGACGAUCUGCAGAGCGCUGUCCAGUUGUCGAUCAGCGUGCAGGAAGGAAGUUCCAAGUAG